GUGUAUCAGCACUAUCUUGAGAAAACAACGUCCUUCUUAUUUAUUAAAGUAUCUGAGCAGGUUUAACGCGCGCACACUCAUAUAGCUUCUAGCUAUUUGAUCAGUGUUCAUAUUUCUUUUCGAAAUAACGUCAAAGUGAUAUAUCUAAAAUGCGAGUUAUAAUACCGCUGGCAUGUAUACUUAUUUUUGCUGCAGCGUAUAUUCAUGCCAGCCCGGGUGGGGGAGGAGGGAAAGGGGGCAAGAAAAAGGGCCCCCGAAACGAAGGAAGACCUCUUCCUGGCCGCGAGAGGCCUGGAGGCCACGACAACAUCCCGUCUUCAACAACCGAAGCUUCGACGACUACGGCGGAACCAACUCCUCGUCCGAAUCGACCGGUGAAACAAAAUCGUUUCCAUGAUAAUAUGAAUCGAAAUGGCCCUAUGCCGGACCCGCCGCGGAACAGCCAGCGACGUCGGCCAAACUCUGGGACUGCGUCCGGAGCGGGCACUGGUCAGCGUGGAAUUGGGAACAUACAACAGCAGGGUGCCACGAGUGGAGCGCAAAGUAUACCUCAGGCAAGGCAGGUCAACUCCAAUGGACUAACCUCAGAGCUAAAGGAACUCUUCUUGAAUGCACAUAAUGAUUUCAGGAGUCGGGUCCACAGUCCAACUGCAGCCAAUAUGGUCCAGAUGGAAUGGGACGACACUCUCGCCGAGAUGGCCCAGGGCUGGUCCGACCAGUGCGUCUUCACCCAUGGCAACCCGCCCAACAUCUCUCCGUACUCCUGGGUCGGUCAGAACAUCUGGGCUGGUUCUGGGACUGGAUGGGACCAUUACGGGAUGAUCGAAGACUGGUACAACGAGGUUUCUGAUUAUAACUACCAGUCCAACUCAUGCUCUGGUAUAUGCGGUCAUUACACACAGAUAGUUUGGGCUGAGUCGACCCGUGUAGGUUGUGCCAUCACCACUUGUACCACAAUCCAGAACCUGGGCUGGUCUCCUGCUACCAUCUUGGUCUGUAACUAUGGUGAAGGGGGAAAUUACGUAGGCAAGAAGCCAUACGUGAGCGGCCCUCCGUGUAGUCAGUGUCCAUCCGAUCACCCGACAUGUGUUGAUGGCAAACUAUGUGCUGCAGAAGGAUCCAAUCCUAACUCUGGAUCCGGAGGAGGGAAUGGGAAUGGUAGUGGUGGUGGCAACAGUGGCAGCAACAAUGGUGGCAACAGCGGUAUCGGUGGUAGUGGUGGUGGUAAUGGCGGUGGCAAUCCUGGAGGCAGCAACGGCGGUAGCCAGCCAGCCCCCUCAGAAUGUGGCGGGACACUGACGUCUGCUAGUGGUUCUUUUACGUCACCCGGUUGGUCUGCACCCUACCCGUUAAACAGACACUGUGAAUGGUUUAUCCAGGGCAAUCAAGGCGACAAGAUAACUUUGACAAUAACGUUCAUGGACAUCGAAGUUGGACCAACCUGUUCCUGGGAUUAUCUUCGAAUUCAAACGUCUCCGUCAGACCUGGGUAUCAAGUACUGUGGCAUGCAGACCCCUCCCCCAAUCACUUCAGAUAGUGGUAUAUUGCAAGUGAGUUUUCAUUCGGACUAUACUGUACCUCGCGGAGGGUUUACCGCAAACUACAAGAUCAUCGCGAAUCAACAAGAUGAAUGUGGAGGUGUCGUCCAAAAGGCAAACGGUGCGAUUAAAUCACCAGGUUGGCCCGCCCCCUACGGAGCGCAACAGGAUUGCUUGUGGAUCAUACGGGUUCCUCCGAAGAAACGAGUGUCAAUAUGGUUCACGGCUUUCGACGUCGAAGAUCACGAGAUCUGUUCUCACGACCACGUCACCCUCCAACUCGGCGAUGAAAGAGUACCAAUGAGGUUAUGUGGUUCAGAGGUAUCAGCGGGGAAGUACACUUCCACCGGGCGUGAAGUACAGAUCCGAUUCAGAUCAACCUAUGGCACAGCUAGCAACAGAGGGUUCCGCGCUCAGUUCAAGGCUGUUCGUUGAUCAUCAUUAUCAUGAUAUGAUUAUUACCAUUAUUACCUUUUUUUAACAUACCGUAUGUUAGGGCCUGGACAGCUUGAUCAUUGGACAACCUGACCCUUUAUGAUCCGACCAUCUACCCUUAUAGCCACUUGAUAUGGUUAAUGGUAUUGUAGUAUCGUCUAUAUAUUUCUUUCGAACACGUGGCUCGCUUUAUUUCGAAUUGAGAGUAAGGCCUAAAAAAAACCAGAUGUUGUAUUGCCCUUUGCGACCGACCCAAAAAUCUUGAAAUCUACGGUCGGCUUUAAAAAAAUAUGAAAAAUACCGUUUUUUAGCCCAAGGAGCGAGUUAAAAAAAAUAAUUAAAAAAAAGAUUUCCGACCGACCGGCCGAUGUUUUGUCACCUAAAGGGAAACACAACAUCCUUUUUUUCAAGGCCUAAUAUAUUUGCCUGCUUUUCAAAAGAAGAAUUGAAAUAAAUAAUUCGAGAAGAUAAUUCUUGUGCAUCAUCGAGAAAAUAUUACGGUACAUAAAGCCACGAUCACCAUUACGAGAUGGAUGGAGGUUUAUCGAUCGCCAUGAUCUCUUCAAUUGCCUGCAUCAAUGGAUUUUCCAAAGAUUUUCAUAGAUAAAGAAUUAUCAAGUUGUCUUGUUUUUAAAGUGCACUAAAUUAUAAGCCAAGUGUCAUCAAACGUAGGUCAUCAGUUAUUAUAUUAUGUCACACUGAAUAGAACGCAUUGAUAAGGUGUUGGGUUGUAAUGAAUUAUGUUUUGUCUUUUCCCCAAGAAAUAACAUGCACCAAAAUUUUCAAGGAAAAUUAAUACACAUGUUCCUUCACUGAUCGAUGCAAAUGAGUGUUAUAAUGUAUUUAAAUUGCAAAAGUUAAUAUAUUUAUUUUAUUAAGUGAUAAUUUAGUAUGCCGCACGAAUGUUGAGUAUUUAUCAUCUACCAUUGUGUUUGUUAUAUUAAAUGCCAAUGGAGGUCAGUUAUUAGCUGUAAAUUAAUUUCUUAAUGAUUGCUCAUUGCUGUUUUAGAUAUUUUACCAAUGCAAUUAUACUCAUCAAAUGAAA